UCGAAUCGUUACAUCUGCCAAAAACUUUUUCAUUGAUAUCAGCAGAAGGGCACAAUAAGUCAACCAAUACAUUGAAGAUCAGUAGGUAAACCGAGAAAAUCGAACUAGGGUUUAUCCGAUUUGAUGGGUAUCGUUGCUUCCAAGGCAGAUCACAAGACUCCUUUGCUGAAUCUGUGUAAAGAGAGGAAGGAACUGAUCAGAGCAGCUAGAGAUGCUCGUUACCACUUAGCCAAAUCUCAUCUUCUCUACUUUCAAUCUCUUUUGGAUUUCACUAACACUCUCAAUCAGUUUGUGCACAAGGACUUGGUCGUGAUUCCCUUUUCGUCCGAUGACGAUUCGAGUAGCGAGCUGGUUUGUUCCCGAUCAUCAAGUUCAGAUUCGGAGUCUGAUUCAGACUCUAACUCUCAUUGUUUAGAAUGUGAUGAAUCUCGAGCAGUCCCGAGCAGCAAGGAUGACGAUCAAAACCCGCAAAAACCCUCGUCUGGAGAGGAAGCUUGCGGCUCAAGUAAAGAUGUUCAUGAGGGUAUGGAGGAGAAGCCAAGUGAAUGUUUAGGGUUUGUGGAGAAAGCGUUGGUGACUGCUCCGGUUGAAGUUGAGAAGAGAGUUUUGGAGACUAAUCCUUCUACUAACCAGCAGAACAGUUUCCACGGUCCUGAUAUAUUCGGUUUGUACAGUUUCUUGGACAACACGGAGCUGGUUUAUACUGAACCGGAUCAGAGUGAUGUAUGGAGAGAGAUAAGGGAGAGAGAAGGGAUCCCUGAAUUGGAACCGGAUAGUGAUCACAGCAGUCUUGUAAGGAAGAAUAAAAGAAAGAAAGAAAGCUCUUCAACGGCUAAAGACGUUGAUAAGAGGGACUUGGGUGUUAGUGAUGAAGAAAGAUGUUCAACUACUAACGUUGUAGGUGAAGUUGAAGCAAACACUAGUAAUGUUCAAGCUGAAGGUGAUCAGGCUGAUGAAACGACUAAGGUGACAAUAUCAGAUGAUGAGGAGCUUCAUGAUGAAGCGUAUGAGUCUUGUUCUUCUUCUUGUUGUUCAGGGUCGGGUCAUACUGAUCUUAGGAACGUAGUUGAAAAGAUCAAUAGUAUAAGCAAGAAAGCUGCGAGUAAUAAUAGUGAAGUCUCUGAUCUGCUUGAAGUGAGUAAAGUCAUCAUUCAUCAUCAACCAUUAGGAUCACAAUUCAAGGAGCUCGCUUCAAGAGUACUACUCGGUAGUUCCAAGAACUCGACACGUGCUUUGCUGUUAAGACGUGGCUUACCCCAAGAUAACCUCGCCGUUUCGCUCUCCAUGACACUAGAGAAGCUCUACGCGUGGGAAAAGAAACUUCACGCAGAAGUUACCGCCGAAGAAAAGCUUAGGGUUUUGUACGAGAAGGGGUACAGUUUUCUAAAGAGCCUUGAUCAGAACGGAGCCGAACCUAACGAGAUCUACGUGGCGGAAGCUGAGGUUGAGCUUCGUUUAUCCAAGGUUAAUGUUUCGGUCCGAGCCGUUGAGUCGGUUUCGAUGAGGGUUCAUAAGAUAAGAGACGAAGAGCUUUCGUUUCAGGUGAAUAAGAUGAUCAAUGUGUUCAAAGCGAUGUGGAGAUUCUUGGCGAAAUGUCACCAUAAGCAGUUUCGGUUGAUCACAAUAAGCAAUUCUUGUGUCCACGUGGUUGAGAGAGGAUCAAGGAGAGUGACGCAGAAGGUGGAAGAACGGAUCAGAAGAUUCAGAGAGUCUUUGAGAGGCUACAUUGAUGCACAUAGAGGUUUCGUUAGGGUUUUAAACGAGUGGCUAAACCGAAACAUCAUGGAGGAGGAGGAAGACCAAACCGAGACAGAUGCUCCUGAGAUAUUUAGGGUGUGUAGCGAGUGGCUAAGGGAGAUUGAGAAUGUGGAUGAAGUCAAAGUGUUGAGUGCUGUUGAAGAAAUGGAGCUGAGGUUUCGAAGUUUAGGGUUUAAGCAAGUAGAGGAAGAGAAACAGAGGCUGAGAACAGAGAGGUUGUGUAAAGAGCUGGAGUCGAAGACUAAGGAAGUGGAGGAGGUUUGGGGAACGCAGGCUGAGAUGGUGAUGGGACCGGAACUGAUGUCUUUGAGAGAGAGUGCGACUCACGAAAGAGAAAAGCAUGAGGGUGUGAUCAGAGAGAUAAACGACGCCGUGUCGAUGUCUUUGCAAGAAUGUUUGGUUCAUGUCUUUGAGGCAUUGGAGGAUUUUUGUUUUUGUAAUUUUAAGGCAUAUCAGAACAUUAGAAUCGUUUCUACAGAAACAUCAACGCUGUUAUUGUGUUAAUCAUAGCAACAAAUAUGUAAAU